AAGAGGAAACCAAAAUUGGAGAUGGGUUCCAACUCGGGUCCGGGUCAUGGUCCGGGUCAGACAGAGUCUGGUGGUUCCUCGACUGAGUCAUCCUCUUUGAGCGGAGGGCUCAUGUUUGGCCAGAGAAUCUACUUCGAGGACGGUGGAGGUGGAUCCGGCUCUUCUUCCUCCGGCGGGUCAAACAGACGGGUUCGUGGAGGCGGGUCGGGUCAGUCGGGUCAGAUACCAAGGUGCCAAGUGGAAGGUUGUGGAACGGAUCUAACCAAUGCAAAAGGUUAUUACUCGAGGCACAGAGUUUGUGGAAUGCACUCUAAAACACCCAGAGUCAUUGUCGCUGGUCUCGAACAGAGGUUUUGUCAACAGUGCAGCAGGUUUCACCAGCUUCCGGAAUUUGACCUAGAGAAAAGGAGUUGCCGCAGGAGACUCGCUGGCCAUAAUGAGCGACGGAGGAAGCCACAGCCUGCGUCGCUCUCCGUGUUGUCUUCUCGUUACGGGAGGAUCGCACCUUCGCUCUACGGAAAUGCUGAUAGUGGAAUGAACGGGAGCUUUCUUGGGAACCAAGAGAUGGGAUGGACAAGCGCAAGAACGUUGGAUACAAGAGUGAUGAGACGGCCUGUGUCAGCACCGUCGUGGCAGAUCAAUCCGAUGAAUGUCUUUAGUCAAGGAUCGGUCGGUGGAGGAGGGACAAGCUUCUCGUCUCCGGAGACCAUGGACACAAAACUAGAGAGCUACAAGGGAAUUGGCGACUCGAACUGUGCUCUCUCUCUUCUGUCAAAUCCGCAUCACCAGCCACAGGACAACAACAACAACAACAACAACAACACAUGGCGAACUUCUUCAGGUUUUGGCCCCAUGACGGUUACAAUGGCUCAGCCACCACCUGCACCAAGCCAGCAUCAUCAGUAUAUGAACCCGCCUUGGGUGUUCAAGGACGAAGACAACAGCUGUCCGAAUGAAAUGUCUCCUGUUUUGAAUUUGGGUCGAUUCACCGAGCCAGAUAAUUGCCAGAUAAGCGGUGGCACGACGAUGGGUGAGUUCGAGUUAUCUGAUCACCAUCAUCAAAGCAGGAGGCAGUACAUGGAAGCUCAGAGUACAAGGCCUUAUGACUCUUCCUCUCACCAUAACAACUGGUCUCUCUGA